CCGCCCCCGGUAUAAGGCAGCGGCCGCGCCGCCGUCUCGGUCAUGCGGAGCCUGCGGCAGCCCGGGGACAGCCAGGUCGUGCGGCAUCGGCAUCAUGCGUGAGUGCAUCUCCGUCCACGUCGGCCAGGCCGGCGUCCAGAUGGGCAACACCUGCUGGGAGCUCUACUGCCUGGAGCACGGCAUCCAGCCUGAUGGACAGAUGCCCAGUGACAAAACCAUUGGUGGAGGAGACGACUCCUUCACCACGUUCUUCUGCGAGACCGGGGCUGGGAAGCAUGUCCCACGGGCCAUCUUUGUGGACCUGGAGCCUACGGUGAUCGAUGAGGUUCGGGGCGGAGUCUACCGCCAGCUCUUCCACCCCGAGCAGAUGAUCACUGGCAAGGAGGAUGCUGCCAACAACUAUGCCCGUGGGCACUACACCAUUGGCAAAGAGAUCAUUGACCAAGUGCUGGACAGGAUCCGGAAGCUGGCUGACCAGUGCACAGGCCUCCAGGGGUUCCUUGUGUUUCGUAGCUUUGGAGGAGGCACCGGCUCUGGAUUCACCUCCCUGCUGAUGGAGCGGCUCUCUGUUGACUACGGCAAGAAGUCCAAGCUGGAGUUCUCCAUCUACCCUGCACCGCAGGUCUCUACUGCUGUGGUAGAACCUUAUAACUCUAUUCUCACCACACACAGCACCUUGGAGCACUCAGACUGUGCCUUCAUGGUGGACAAUGAAGCCAUCUAUGACAUCUGCCGCAGGAACCUGGACAUCGAGCGCCCCACCUACACCAACCUGAACAGACUCAUCAGCCAGGUUGUCUCAUCCAUCACAGCAUCGCUGCGGUUCGAUGGGGCCCUGAAUGUCGACCUGACUGAGUUCCAGACCAACCUGGUGCCCUACCCUCGGAUCCACUUCCCUCUGGCCACCUACGCGCCUGUGGUUUCAGCUGAGAGAGCUUACCACGAGCAGCUGUCGGUGGCUGAGAUCACCAACUCCUGCUUUGAGCCAGCCAACCAGAUGGUGAAGUGCGACCCUCGGCACGGCAAGUACAUGGCCUGCUGCCUGCUGUACCGCGGGGACGUGGUGCCCAAGGACGUCAACGCUGCCAUCGCCACCAUCAAGACCAAGCGCAGCAUCCAGUUUGUGGACUGGUGCCCCACGGGCUUCAAGGUGGGCAUCAACUACCAGCCACCCACGGUGGUGCCAGGGGGAGACCUGGCCAAGGUGCAGCGAGCCGUCUGCAUGCUGAGCAACACCACGGCCAUCGCCGAGGCCUGGGCUCGCCUGGACCACAAGUUUGACCUGAUGUACGCCAAGAGAGCCUUUGUGCACUGGUACGUGGGGGAGGGCAUGGAGGAGGGGGAGUUCUCGGAGGCACGGGAAGACAUGGCCGCUCUGGAGAAGGAUUACGAGGAGGUGGGCCUGGACUCCUACGAGGAUGAAGAGGAGGGUGAAGAGUAGAGGAGCACCUGGCCAACAGGCCUGUGCUUCUUGCCGUGUUAGCUGCAGGAACCCUUUGCAAUAAACCUUUCAGAGCCUCUGUGUC